AUGUUCGGUGUACGCCGCGCCGCAGUAGCAAUCCCGUCUAUUACAUUUACGCCUAUCAUGGGUCUGGCGCGGCAACAACACGUUCGGAUGCAGGCCACGAAGCCCGUCACGACACCACUGAGAGUGAUCAAGCCGGAAUCCACCCAGGAAGAACUCGCCCGCCAACGCCUCCGGCGGCCCGUGGCGCCCCAUCUGUCCAUCUAUAAAUGGCAGGUCCACUCGGUCAGCUCCGCCCUGGAGCGAAACACGGGGCUUCUCCUCGCCGGCAGCCUGUACCUCUUCGGCACCUCCUACCUGGUGGCCCCCUGGCUCGGCUGGGAUCUCUCCUCGGCCGCCCUCGUCGCCGCCUUUGGCUCUUUGCCGGUGGCCGCCAAGUUCCUCCUCAAGUUGUCUGUCGCCUGGCCCUUCACCUUCCAUCUCUUUAAUGGCAUCAGAUACGUUGUCUCCUCCACUGGAUACACGCUGAAUAGUAGGUCUCAGUUUAUCAAGAUCGCAUGGGUGGUCGUCGGCUCAUCGGCUUUGGCUGCCGUCGGCUUGGUGGCUUAUGUUUAA